CAUCACAAGUUAGUAAAUUGGACUUCUCCCCAAGUUUUGUCGUGUCGCAACUGCUCGUUUUCUCAGAAUUUCUCUCAUUUUCUCAAGAAUCUCCCCAAAGUGACGUCGACGCGAAGCUCGGACUUGUUCGGAGUUAACUGAAGUUGCAAGAGAGCAAAGUGUGAGUCAACAACGAUGACGACAGCGCGGUAAUUUCCUCAAUUUCACAUGUCGCCGUGGACUCCGAAUGCGGCGAUUUGACAUGUAGCUUGUUACUCGUCGUUGUCAUCUCCUCCUCACCUACCAAUGCCUCGAUACACACGUUCGAAAAUGUCGCCAGACUUCUCCCCGGCGAGUCAACUUUUGCCCGGGCAGCGUUGGAUCCGUGCGGCCGCCAUGGGCGCGCUCUUGCUGGGCGUUUUAGCCUCCAAGGGCUGGGCGGAGGAAGCAUCCUGCCACGGAGCUUACGACCUCUACUUCGUCCUCGACAAGUCGGGCAGCGUCGCCACCGACUGGUUCGAGAUCUAUUCCUUUGUCAAGAAUCUCACCGACAGAUUCGUCAGUCCCAGGAUGCGAGUUUCCUUCAUCGUAUUCUCGGGCCAAGCUCACGUCCUCCUACCGCUGACAGGCGAGGGGUACAAAAUAGAAGAAGGCCUGGAGAAGCUGCGAGCGGUCAAUCCGGCUGGCGAGACGUACAUGCACGAGGGUAUGAAAAUGGCCACAGAUCAGAUCCAGAAACAGACUCUCAAGUCGUCUAGCAUCAUCCUGGCGUUGACGGACGGGAAGCUGGAUGUGUUUGUUCACGAACUCACCGUCAAGCAGGCGGAGGAAGCACGGAAGUAUGGCGCUCGCGUGUACUGCGUGGGCAUCAAGGACUUUGACGAGGAGCAGCUGGCCGACAUCGCCGACACCAGGGACCAGGUGUUUCCUGUCAAAGAUGGCUUCCACGCGCUGAAAGGCAUCGUCAAUUCUAUUCUGAAGAGGUCCUGUACAGAGAUCCUGAGUGUGGAGCCCUCCAGCGUCUGCGUCAACGAGACGUUCGCCAUGGUGCUGCGCGGGAAUGGCUUCGCCUUGGGCCGCAGCAGUGAGAGCGUGGUGUGCAGCUUCAUCGUGGACCAGCAAACCUUCAAUAACAAGCCGAGCGUCGUGCGCAACGACUACCUGCUCUGCCCUGCGCCCAAGCUCUACGACGUGGGACAGAGCAUGGACGUGCUCAUCAGCCUGAACGACGGCAAGUCGUUCAUUUCCAGCUCGUACACCAUCACCGCCUCCACUUGUUCCAACGGUCUGGUGGUGGCCAUCGUGUUCCUGGUGCUUGUGGCUCUGGUGGCUCUGGCCCUCUUCUGGUGGUUCUGGCCCCUCUGCUGCACUGUGGUCAUCAAAGACCCCCCGCCACAGCCACCCCCGUCAAGACCGCCGCCACCUGAGCCCGAGCCGAUCGGUAAGAAGAAAUGGCCCACCGUGGAUGCCUCCUACUACGGAGGAAGAGGAGCUGGAGGCAUCAAACGCAUGGAGGUGCGCUGGGGCGAGAAGGGCUCCACCGAAGAGGGCGCCCGUCUGGAGAAGGCCAAGAACGCGGUAGUGUCCAUGCCCGAGGAGGCCGAGGAGCCCAUGGUGAAACGGGCCGGGCCCGCCGCCGCCUCCCCCCGCCGCCGCUCGGACAACAAGUGGUACACCCCCAUCAAGGGUCGUCUGGACGCUUUGUGGGCCUUGAUGCGACGGCAGUACGAUCGCGUUUCCCUCAUGAGGCCCACGUCUGCUGAGAAGGGUCGCUGCGUAAAUUUCAGCCGCGUUCGACGUUAGAUGACGCCGCCGAUGACGACGGGACGCUCACCGCCCAUGGACCAGAGAAGAAUUUCACACUUUUUUCAAUAUUUAUAUUUACUUUGACAUUGUUCCCACCGCUUUAAUUCUUAUUUUUAUUAUUAUCGCACAACUUGGGAUCCCAAAUGCAUCGCGAGCAUAUUGAAGGAUGAAAAGAGUUUGUCAGAGCAAUUUCGGCAGGGGAGGCGGGGGGCGGGGCCUCCUGACAAUCCUGGCCGUCUUCCUCUCGGCGACGUCUCGUCACCGUGAAACUCUCCCGUCCGCAUCCUGCCGUCCCCCCCUCUCACGUGUGAUGGGUGGACGACAGGAAGGACAAGACGGACGCCCCCGAGGUUUUCGGACUCGGGCGAGACUUUGCCCUUUCUGAUACACCUUAAGUCGUCAGGGAAUUAAUAGAGCGUAGCCCCCACCCCCCCACGGCCCGCCAUACCCAUCUAAUUGUUAGUCUUUCUUCUGUCCAUCGUCCAAAAAUAUUUUGCCUUCAUUUCAAAGCAAAUGCGAAUGCACUCGGUACGGAUUUUUGCCUUGAAAUAUUUUCGCCACCAAAUAUGAAAUAUUGACUGUUUUGUAUUCGCUUUGGCACACUUGAAGUUAGCUUAAACAUCAUGUAAUUGUCAAUCAAAUGAGCACGCGCUGUUAUACCAGGACGUCAUGAUCCAGCAUUUCAUUUUGUUAUGGAGUUUUGUCAUAUUUUUAUAUUAGAAAAAUAUUUUUGAAAUAAAUAUAUAUGAUUAUUUA